AUGAUGGUCGGAGUGGUUGCCAUCAAUUACCCUGAGACCUAUACCUACGAGCCGUGGCAUGUCACUCUGCUGGUCAUUGCAGUGGCAUUAAUUGCUUUACUGUUCAACACCCUGCUGGCGCAGAAACUGCCCUUGAUCGAAGGGAUCAUCCUGGUCAUCCAUUGCUUUGGAUUCUUUGGCAUUUUGAUUCCUCUUUGGGUGCUUUCGCCGAGACCGGCCGCAUCAGAAGUUUUUGGAUCCAUUGAAGAUCGAGGCGGCUGGGGAAAUAACGGCCUUGCUUGUCUGGUCGGAUUAGUCGGACCGAUUUAUGCCUUGAUAGGUCCUGACUCAGCCGUCCACAUGUCCGAGGAGAUCCGUGACGCAUCCAGAGUCCUCCCCCUUGGCAUGAUCUGGACUCUUAUCCUCAACGGAUCUACAGGAUUCGUCAUGAUCGUCACACUCGCCUUCUGCGUUGGGGAUAUUGACACCGUGUUGAAAUCUCAGACGGGCUUUGCAUUCAUCCAAGUCUUCCUCAACUCGACAGGAUCCGUCAGAGCUGCCACUGGGAUGACGGUGGUCAUCAUGGCCAUGCAGUUCUGUGCUGCAAUCAGUAAUGUUGCCACCACAUCUCGCCAGGUCUAUGCGUUUGCCCGGGACAAGGGGCUACCCUUCUCCAACUUCCUGUCAAAGGUGGGCUUAUUUCCCAGCGGAUGA